AUGCUGAAUCCUUUUCUCUCCUUCAGAACCACCAUGAACAAGAGUGCAGUGCAGGGUUACUUUUCUGGUAGCCACUGGCUCUACUUCUCUGUCUACCUCUUCACCUUCCUCAUUGGCCUUCCCCUCAACCUGCUGGCCCUGAUUGUCUUUGUGGGUAAACUGAGGCGUCGGCCUCUGGCUGUGGAUGUUCUUCUGCUCAACCUGACCAUCUCUGACCUGCUGCUGCUGGUCUUUCUGCCCUUCCGGAUGAUUGAGACAGCGAGUGCCAUGUACUGGCCUUUGCCCUUCUUCUUAUGCCCCUUAUCAGGUUUUCUUUUCUUCACCACCAUCUACCUCAGCUCCCUCAUCCUCACAGCCGUGAGUGUGGAACGCUACCUGGGGGUCGCCUACCCUGUGUGGUACAAGACCCAGUCGAGGACCUGCCAGGCUGGCUUGGUCAGUGUUGGCUGUUGGCUGCUGGGGAGUGCCCACUGCAGCCUAGUCUAUGUUGCAGAAUUUUGGGAGGAUACCACCCAAAAGCAUCAAUCCAACAGGACUUGCUACCUGGAGUUUAGGGAAGAGCAGCUGGCUGUGGUGCUGCCUGUCAGGCUGGAGAUGGCAGUGGUCCUCUUUGGAGUGCCUUUGGUUCUUGUCAGCUUUUGCUACGGUAAAAUGGUAUGGAUCCUGAGAAAGGGGAACCACCUGAAGAGGAGAAAAAGAGUGAUGGGACUGAUAGGGGCCACGAUGCUCAAUUUCCUGGUCUGCUUUGGCCCAUACAACACAUCCCACAUCGUUGGUUAUUUCCAGGGCAAAAGUCCAAGAUGGCGGGGGUAUGUGUUGCUGCUCAGCACUCUGAACUCCUGUGUUGAUCCUCUUGUCUUUUACUUCUCAUCAUCCGGGUUCCAGAGGGACUUUCACAGUUUAUUCAAGAAUCUGGUGAAGACUUCAGGUCUUGGGGGGGGAAAUGGGUCAGGAAUACAAGAGCGAAAUGGACCAGAGAAAGAACAGUCUACCUGUUAAAAGAAUGACAUAAAGUCAAGUCCAUGGAGUGAGGAAGGAAGGAGUAUUUGGGGCUAUAGGGGCAGGGAUGGGAUAAAGGGGUGGAAGAUGGGAAACCGGCUGAGAAGAGUCCACUUGGGAAUACAAUUUUUGUACAAGUUGUAGAUCAGCUAAAGAUUUAUUGAUCUGAGGGGACCAGUUAUAGCCAGCUUUCAAAGGAAUCUUUACUCAGUUCCCACUUGUUGCAAACAUUCAUUGUUUCAUGGAACCAUUCCUGGGAAGGGGCAGGAUGGGAUGAUCAAUCGGGUGUUUUCGUGCCUUGUAGGGAGUAAAAAGAUAACAAAAAUGGUAACUUGUUCUCCUAGAAAACUGUCCAAUGUCCUAGUAUUUUUUGGCAGGGGGAUUUCUGUAGUUUGCUACUGAUUUGAGUGGAGGGUUAACUCUAUCAAGGGAGUGCAGCCCACUCCCUCCUGGUAACCCUGUAGGUGUCCAGGGAUGCAGGAAGUCCCAGUCCCCAAUGUGUGUUUUUUUCCAAUGAAUUUCUGUUUCUCCAAUGAAAUCAAGAUCCCCACCAACAUUUAUGUAAAAUCAUAAAAGC